AUGAAGGAAUUUAACCAAACACUUGUCUUUGACUACCCAUGGGAUUACGUCUCGGCGGCAAACUGGAGAAAAUACCCAAAUAAAAUGUCCACCCAUGUAGUCGCCGUGGACGUUCUCAACAGAGAAUUCGAUCCGAUCCAACAGACGUUACUCACAGAGAGACUGAUCAAAUGUGAACAAAAUAUCCCUUCUUGGUUACAGGUUAUAAUUCCUAAUGUUAAUGUCAGCUAUGUACGUGAAGUUUCAAUAAUAAAUUUACAAAAUCAAACUCUUACAAUGAGAAGUAUCAAUUUAACAAUGAAAAAUUUACUCAAAGUCUAUGAAACUGUACAAUACGAACCUGCCAGUGAUCCAAACAAGACAACAUUCACCCAAUGUGCUAGACUUUCUUCAAAUCAGCCCUGGAUUGGUCCCAAAAUUGAAAGCUGGGCACUUGCAACCUUUGCCCAAAAUGCAGCAAAGGGGAAAAUGGGAUUCGAUUCCGUUUUGCAAUUGGGAUUGCUGCCAAAUCUAAUUGAGGACUUGAAUAACAGGAAAGACGACAUCUUGGAUGAUAUUGAGAAGGUCUCCUCCAAAAUCAUCGACGAAAUUAAAAGUUGCAAUGCUUUCAAAGAUAUCAAUAAUAUAUCACUGGAUGUAUUGAAAGAUUUAACAAUUGAUGCAAAUAAAAAACUGCAACUCCCCGAUAAGGACAUCACUGAUGAAAUCUUAGAAACGUUGAAUCUUCACCGUAUACUGGUGAACAAUGCAAUAUCACACCAUACAAGUGAAAUUAUCCGCCAACUACAAGUGCAAAUCUCAAAGAUCUUCUCAAACGAAAAGGACUAG